ACCAUAAUAACUACCAUCCAUUCAGAAGCCCUGUCUCGCCAUGGCGUCCAUCGCAGCGGGACUGUUUAAAUCUCUACCCAAGCCCAAAUACACGGGCGAAGAUGAGGAGGUGCCUCAACAUGCCCAGCCGCGUGGACCGCGGAUUCUGGGCGCUGACCAGCUUGAUGAGACGCAGAUUGUUUUGAGGAGAACUGGCCCUCCUCCCUACGGAAACCGCACUGGAUGGCGCCCGCGAGCCCCCGAAGACUUUGGCGACGGGGGAGCCUUCCCCGAGAUCCUAGUUGCGCAGUACCCGCUGGACAUGGGGCGGAAGGGAACCUCUAGCACGUCGAACGCGCUGGCGGUGCAGGUCGAUGCAGAGGGGAAGGUGCAGUACGAUGCGAUCGCGCGUCGGGGCCACAGCGAGAACAGGAUUGUGCACGCCUCGUUCAAGGACCUGAUCCCGCUGCGCCAGCGGGUUGACAUGGGAGAGGUGUCCCUCGACCGGCCAUCCGAGGAGGAGGUGGCGGAGCAGAUGGAGAAGACGAAAAACGCGCUCGCCAGCCUGGUCGAGGGGGCUGUCGCGGCGCAGAAGCCCAAGAACGUCAAGGGCGGCCGCCGGGCGGAGCCGACCUUUGUCCGGUACACGCCUGCCAACCAGAUGGGCGACAACAGCCGCAAGAACGACCGGAUUAUGAAGAUUGUCGAGCGUCAGCAGGACCCGAUGGAACCGCCCAAAUUCAAGCACAAGAAGAUCCCUCGGGGCCCGCCGUCGCCCCCGCCGCCCGUCAUGCACUCGCCGCCUCGAAAGCUUACGGCCGAAGACCAGGAGGCGUGGAAGAUCCCGCCACCGGUGUCCAACUGGAAGAACCCCAAGGGUUACACUGUCCCAUUAGAUAAGCGAUUGGCCGCCGACGGCCGUGGCCUGCAGGACGUGACGAUCAAUGAUAAGUUUGCCCAAUUCGCCGAAGCCCUCUUCACUGCCGACCGUCAUGCCCGUGAGGAAGUCCGGCUGCGAGCACAGAUGCAGCAGAAGUUGGCGGAGAAGGAGAAGGCACGCAAGGAGGAACAUCUACGCAUGCUGGCUCAGAAGGCCCGCGAGGAGCGCGGUGGACCCAGCACUAGCCGGCAUGGUGAUGGUGCUCGUUCUAGAUCUCGCAGUGGCAGCCGUACCCCUGUCUCCGCGUACUCGUCGCGGUCUGGUACGCCGAUCGAGGAGGAAGAGGCGGUUCGGGAGCGCGAGGAACAGCGGCGCGAGCGGCGCCAGGAGGCCGAGCGGCAGCUGCGGCAGUCGCGGAUGGGCACGGAGCGUAAGAUCCAGAUGAUGGCGCGUGAGCAGAACCGUGAUAUCUCGGAGAAGGUGGCACUGGGCAUGGCGAAGCCCACACAGAGCUCAGAGGCAAUGUGGGACUCUCGCCUGUUCAACCAGACGAGCGGGCUUAACGCCGGCUUCAACGAGGACAACCCCUACGACAAGCCGCUGUUUGCUGCGCAGGACGCCAUCAACAGCAUCUACCGCCCGCGCGCCCAGAUGGACGCCGACGACGACGACGGCAACGGCGAGGGCGAGAUGAACAAGAUCGAAAAGACGAAUCGCUUUGAAGAACGUGACGGCCCAGUUCAAUUCGAAAAAGACACCGCCGACCCCUUUGGUAUUGACAGUAUGAUCGCCGACGUGACUGGCGGAUCCGGCCAGAAACGGUAUGGGAUUCAGGAAGUAGAGCGUGAGGAACGAGGGUCGAAGCGGGCAAGAGUGGAGGAGGAGUAG